CAGAAGAUUGUGGGUUCGAUCCCCACCGAGACCUGUUUUUUUUUCUUUGGCUUGUUCAAAGUUGAAACUCCUGCAGCAUUUUAACGGUGUAGGGAGUGCUUUCAUAUACAGGUUAGAGCUAACAUAGAACCUCGCCAACACUUCAAACAUGUCUCCCUUUUUGGGCAAUUACUCUAGGAUGUCACUAACAGAAUUUAUAUUAACGGACAAAGCUCCCAGAUGUGUUGUUGUGGUUGCCCCCUUCCAUAUUUGCCGCUAGUUUUAAUUUACAGCGGGGGUUCAGCGCAUCACCACCUCAAACUUACAGCAGGCGCCAUAUCCGCUGGCCCUCCGGCACCCACUUUUGGCGCCCGGGGACGCAACGUCAUAGAGCCGCAAUCCUACCUUUCGCCCUCAACACGCCUCGCUUGGCCACCGGAGGUAUUUUAGCAACCGGAAACUGCGUACGGCGUCCAUUUCACCGUUUACAUCGUUCGUUCAAUAUAUCUGUAGCCGACGUCGGCACUCUGCGAACGUAUAUAUCUUCACAACGGCGCGCCUCCACCACCACAAAGCCCAGAGCAAACCAUUCAUCAAUUACGUUGCUAUGGCUUCCACCAUGAACUCCCUCCGACCAUCACAUAGAGCCAUGUUGCUCCUUAGAGUUACCACAGGCCGCACUUCCAUGCUGGCUAGCCGACCUCGACGCGGCUUCUCAACAACCGCCGUCUUCUUCAGCGCCACAACAUCACGACCCAAGUCCAAAGUAUACAGCUCGGCCGACGAAGCCAUCACAGAUAUCAAGAGCGGUUCAACGCUGCUGAGCUCAGGGUUCGGACUAUGUGGUGUCGCAGAGACGUUAAUCGAGGCUCUUGUCAAUCGCGGCAAAGGCUCAAUUAAUUCACUGACGGCCGUGUCAAACAAUGCUGGUAUCGAGGGCAAGGGCGGAUUAUCCCUGCUUGUCGAGGCCGGACAAGUCGACCGACUGGUCCUCUCGUUUCUUGGCAACAACAAAUUUCUCGAAAAGAAGUAUCUCACAGGCUCAUUGGCUGUCGAGCUCUGCCCGCAGGGUUCGCUUGCUGAGCGACUCCGCGCUGCUGGUGCAGGCAUCCCCGCAUUCUUUACUCCCACUGGUGUUCGUACACUGGUUCAGGAUGGCGAGAUUCCUAUCCGCUUGGACUCCUCGGGUGCUGUAGUAGAAAAGGGCCGAAAGCGAGAGGUCCGCGAAUUCGACGGCAAGCAGUAUCUCAUGGAGACGUCACUCCCCGGAGACGUGGCUAUUCUCCGCGUGUGGAAGGCCGACAAGGCCGGUAACUGCGUUUUCAGAUAUACAACAAAGGCAUACGGCCCCCUCAUGGCCAAAGCCGCCAAGCUCACCAUUGUCGAGGCAGAAAACAUUGUCGAAAUUGGCGAAAUUCAUCCCGACGAAGUCGACCUUCCUGGUAUCUACGUUGACCGCGUGGUCCCUGCAACGGCCGAGAAGAAGAUUGAAGUCUUGCAGCUCCGAGACCCCGAGGCGGAAAGCAAAGGCGGCAAGGCCAAGUCGGCCGAUCAGCUGCGUCGCGAGCGUAUCGGCAAGAGAGCAUCCCACGAGCUCCAGGAGGGAUACUAUGUCAACCUCGGCGUUGGAAUCCCUACUCUUGCCGCAACCUACGUUCCCGAAGGAAGAACUGUCUGGCUCCAGAGCGAGAACGGCAUGCUUGGAAUGGGACCCUUCCCUACCAAGGACCAAGUCGAUGCCGAUAUUGUCAAUGCUGGAAAAGCUACAGUGACUGUUCUCCCGGGUGGCUCAUGCUUUGACUCUUCAGAGUCGUUUGGCAUGAUUCGCGGUGGACACGUCGAUGUCUCUAUUCUCGGUGCCCUGCAAGUUGCUGCCAAUGGUGACCUUGCCAACUACAUGAUUCCUGGCAAGGUUUUCAAGGGUAUGGGCGGCGCCAUGGAUCUCGUUGCCAACCCUGAAAACACCAAGAUUGUUGUUGCCACGGAGCAUGUUGCCAAGGACGGAUCGUCCAAGAUUGUUCAAGACUGCAACCUUCCAUUGACUGGCGCCCGUGUCGUCAGCACCAUCAUCACCGACCUUUGCGUCUUCCAGGUCGAUCGCAAGAACGGUGGCCUCACGCUGACUGAACUCGCUGAGGGAGUCACUGUUGACGAAGUCAAGAGCAAGACGGAUGCCAAGUUUGAGGUAUCCAAGGACUUGAAGGAGAUGCUACAGUAAAGAAACCUUUGUAUAAAUUCCUAUAGACAGCCGUAAACCAUGUACCUAAUUAUUCACAACCUGCAC